AUGUUGAAAAAAGACGUCCGCAGUUCCGUCGGCGGCGUCGCGCACACGGCGAAUGGGGAUGUAUUAUAUGUGCCUGUGCAGUCAGCUGUACUGAACAGCGAAAGUGAAGUGCGCGAAUAUAAAAGCUUUGUGCCCGACCAGGAAGAUAUCAGUAACUCGUUUGCUUUUCACAUCUCCAAACGUACCAACAUGAAAUUACUGAAUUGCAUUGCGCUAUUGCUAGCGCUGGCGCUGCUAGUGUCUGCCGAAGCAGAAAAAAAAGCACAAGAAACUAAAGUAGAAGAUACUAAACCCGCGGUUGAAGAAUCAGCACAAGCCGAAAAGAAACAAGACAAACGUGGAAUACACGGUUUCGGUUUUGGAGGACACGACUUUGGCGGUCAUGACUUCGGAGGAUCAUCCGGCGGAUCAUCCGGCGGACAUGACUUCGGUGGAUCAUCCGGAGGACACGAUUUUGGUCAUGGAUUAUCUUUGGGAUCUGGAGAUGACCAUCAUGUUAAAACGAUAACCGUUGUUAAAAAUGUUCAUGUGCCUUAUCCAGUUGAGAAGCAUGUUCCCUACCCAGUAGAGAAGCAUGUUCCAUAUCCAGUUAAAGUACCAGUUCCACAUCCUUAUCCAGUUGUGAAACACGUGCCUUAUCCAGUUAAAGAAAUCGUUAAAGUACCUGUGCAUAUUCCUAAACCAUACCCAGUUGAAAAACAUGUCCCAUACCCUGUCAAAGUUCCAGUCGAUCGUCCUGUACCCGUAAAGGUAUACGUUCCUCAACCCUACCCAGUAACCAAACACGUACCAUACGCUGUUAAAGUACCAGUACCAGCUCCAUUCCCAGUAGAGAAGAAAGUACCUUUCCCAGUCAAAGUACCAGUCCAUGUUCCACAACCUUACCCAGUCAUCAAACACGUACCAGUACCAGUCAAGGUUCCAGUCGACCGUCCUUACCCAGUGCAUGUACCCAAACCAUACCCAGUACAUAUCGAAAAGAAAGUUCCAUACCCAGUUGAAAAACACGUACCAUACCCUGUGAAGGUUCCAGUCGACCGUCCAGUUCCAGUACAUGUCGAGAAACCAGUACCUUAUCCAGUCAAAGUUCAUGUACCAGCUCCAUACCCAGUAGUAAAGAAAGUACCAUACCCAGUAGAAAAAAUUGUACCUUAUCCAGUAAAAGUUGAAGUUGACAGGCCAGUACCAGUCACCGUAGAAAAACCAGUACCAUACACAGUAGAAAAACACGUACCACACUUUAUCAAAGUGCCAGUACCAGUACCAGUACAUGAAGAACAUCACGAAAGCAUCAGCUUAGGAGGUCACGAAGGAGGAGGAUUAGGAGGCGGUCACGAAAGCGGUGGAUUCGGUGGUCAUGAAAGUGGAGGAUUUGGAGGUCACGAAAUUGGAGGAUAUGGAGGCGGUGAACACUCUUUCGGAGGACACGAAGAAAUCCAUGGAGAAUCCGGUGGAUUUGGUGAACACUCGCACUGA